GCGGGAUAGGCCUGCACCGGGCCCGAUUCUGCCAAUCUCCCAAGGUCGGAGCUUGAACCCUGCGAGAUAAAGUCAAAACCACCCCCCUCUUUUCCCAGCCAUGCAAACUGCGGGAUGAAGCUGGAAGCUGUGGUCGAGCAGCUGCAGAAGCAGCAGCAGAAGCAGCAAACGCCUCUGCAGAUGGAUUCCAGGGAGAGACAGCAGAGGCAGAUGAGGGAAGCCCAGCUGCUCUACACGCAGCAGCUGGCCGUACAGCAGGCUGUCCUAGCAGCCACAUCUGGCAGGGCUUCAGGUGGCUCCACUGUUGGUCCCUUGGCCAGAGGCCCGCCUGCAGCCGGAGCUACGCGGGCUUUUGAUCAGAGCAGCAUGAAUUCUGAGCCAGAAGAGGAGGAGGAGGAUGAAGAGGAGGAGGAGGAUGAAGAGGAAGAGGAGGAGGAAGAAGAAGGGGGUUUAGAAGGCGGCAAUCUUGAGGAUGGCGCUGAUGUGACUGGGAAAGAAGCCUGCUCUGCUCUGAAAUAUUUCCAUGCUCCCAAAGUUGCCCAUCACAACCAAAGAGUGGCUUCUACCUCGAAUCCUCUUCCUGCAUCGGGGGUCCAGCGGGGACAGCAGGGCAAGGAAGAACAGGGUAAAGACACUACUAAGCAGCCGUAUGCCGGUUCCCCGUCUGGACGCCAGAACUGGCGCUUGGAUGAGCAGCUCAAACAGAACGGCAGUGUGACCUGGAGCGAUGAAGGUGAUGGAUGCAGAGGAAGAGAAAUUUCCCGAGACUUUGCCAAGCUCUAUGAACUGGAUAGUGACCCUGAACGGAAAGAGUUCCUGGAUGACCUCUUCAUCUUCAUGCAGAAGAGGGGAACUCCCAUCAAUCGGAUCCCCAUCAUGGCAAAGCAGAUCCUGGAUCUCUACAUGCUCUAUAAGCUGGUGACUGAGAAAGGAGGGCUGGUGGAAAUCAUCAACAAGAAGAUCUGGCGAGAGAUCACCAAAGGCCUUAACUUGCCCACCUCCAUCACCAGCGCCGCCUUCACGCUUCGAACCCAGUACAUGAAGUACCUCUAUGCCUACGAGUGCGAGAAGAAAUCCCUCAGUUCUCCCGCUGAGCUUCAGGCUGCAAUCGAUGGCAACAGGCGGGAAGGCAGGCGGCCCAGCUACAGCUCCUCUCUGUUCAGCUACUCCCCCAGCACCACGGGGCCUCCUUCCCUCCUGUCUCCCCCUAAGAUCCGCUUCCCCAUCAUCGGCGUGGCGCCGGGCAGCGGGACCAGCAACCCUCGGGUGUCUCCAGCAGCAGCCGUCAGGAAAGGUGACGGUGUGCCCUUGACUGUGUCUAUGCCAAAUCGUAUCGCUGUGCCAGUGACCUUGGCUAGCCAGCAGGCAACUGUGGCAGCAAGAACAGCCACCCUGGAGCAGCUGAGGGAGAGGCUGGAGUCGGGAGAGCCUCCGGAGAAGAAGGUGUCCCGGAUGAGCGAGGAGGAGCAGCGGCUGGUGCAGCAGGCUCUUCAGCGCAACCUCUUCAGCAUGGCGCGGCAGAUCCCCAUGAAGAUCAAAAUCAAUGGCAAGGAAGACAAAGCAGACUCGGCGGCAGCAGCGGCGCUGAACUUGUCACCUAAUGGCAUUGGGAGCAUCAACAUGUCCGUGGAGAUCAACGGCACGACUUACGCUGGAGUGCUCUUUGCCCAGAAGCCCGUCGUCCACCUCAUUGCAGGCUCCAGCACCCAGAGCUCGUGCAGCAGCAGCAGCAGCUCCCAUUGCUCUCCCAGCCCUACCUCAUCGCGGGGAACCCCCGGCGCGGAGCCCUCCACCAGCUGGUCUCUCUGAUGGAAGGCCCGGCCCUCCUGUCUCACACUGGCCUCCAGCUUCCUCCCUGCCCUCCGCAGGGAGCGAGCCAGGAAGGAGUCGCACAGAUUUACCUCAUCUCAAGGAACCUGGUUUUGGGCUUGGCCAACGGCAAGAGGAUGAUGAUGAUGAUGAUGAUGCUGCUGCUGAAACCUUUCCAUGCCAGCAAGUUUUUUCCUCAUCGUCUGUUUGCCCAGCCUUCAUUCUUUGUUCUCCCCUUUCUGUCCUCCCUUUUGCUGUUUGUUUUCUUCCUCCUCCUCCUCCUCCCAGGGUUUGCUGUGUUCCUGUUGGGGUGGGACAUGGAGGGAAAGGGGGGGGGGGUCAUGCCUGGCGUUUUCCAAUCAGGGAUCAUCUCUAGGAGCUGCGGGAUGGGUGAGAGAUGGCCAAGACGUCACCAAGGCAGGUGGAAAGAGCUGGAGAUGGGGCAGGGAAACUUGGUUCUCCUCGAGCCAGCAGCCAAUGGGCUCUUCCCACAAAACAUCUCCAUGUAUUGACAAUCCUGAGACCCCGUCCUCGUGUGGCUUGUGCUGCGGAAGGCCAGAAGCCUCCUCGCUUUUCCUCUUCAGGCUCUGCUGUGCUCUUGGC